UCAUGUUUUAAGUAAUAAAACAUGCACCAAAACAGGAUGAAUAUAUGAUAGGACACUUUAAAACAUGUAACAAAUAGUCAUACAAUAACACUUAAUACGUUGAGCUUAAACUAAACAUCGUUGAAGUUUAUUUAUCAUAUAUGUGAACAUUAACAAACAUAUCGAUGAUUAAAGCCGUGAUGUGUUCCAUAGAUAUCUGCUGAUCAUCACGUGACUGUCAAUCACAAUACGCCGGAUAUUGAAGUAGAAUAUUGCAGAAACUAUUUAUGAUGGACUGUACAAGGAUAAUCUAUAUUUAUGUUACUUUUAAUCAUACUUUUCUUUAAAAAAAUAAAAAUAGAAUAUUAUAUCCUUAUUUGUGUUUCUGAAAUUUGGAAAAAAGAAACUUAAACAAGAUAUCGUUAAGAUAGAAAAGUGUUUUGUUUGUAAAUCAAAGGAUAUUGUGUUGAAUAACAGUAAAAUCACUAUAAGGAUUUCAUACAUUUCCCUAUUGUGACAGUUUAUUGCUUCUUCCGCUGUUUUCAACGAAAGAACACUUAACAACAAUAAUAAUACUAGAAUAAUUUUUGGGAAAUAAUAUGAUUCAUUUAAAUAGAAACUAAAGAAUACGCCAAUACGUAAAAUCUUAAAUCGCUUCAUUUGAAAAUAUCAUUGUAUAUUAAAAGGAAAAUGGAAAGGCAAUUAAAUUUGGACGUUUACCUUGUCGGACAAGAUAAGGCUCUUAAAAAUGAUACUUUUGUUGAGAAUUCUUCAACGGAUCAUUUAAAAGAAAUAUUAAAUGAAGUGUCAAAUAAUGAAAUUCUAGUAAUGCUAAAUGAGAGAUCAGCGUACAAUUUGAUUUCAAUUUUUAUAACUUGUGGAAUACUUAUGAUAGUCGGAUUUUUGGGAAACAGUCUUGUAGUCUGGAUUUACUGGCGUAAAAUGAAAUCAUCUGCCAAAAGAACAUUUAUUUUUGCGCUAGCUAUAUUAGAUCUUAUUGUUUGUGUUAUUGUCAUUCCGUUUGAAAUGUAUGAUUUACGAAACCAAGUCAUGUUUUAUUAUGACGGUUUGUGUAAAGCAAUGAGAUUCAUUGAAUAUUCAACAAUAUUAUCCGCGGGUUUUGUGCUAGUAUCUAUUUCAUUUGAGAGAUACUUUUUCUUGUGCAAAGCAUUUCAUGAAUUUUCUUCAAAGAAGGCAAAGGUUAUAUGCACGGUGUGUGUCCUGAUGGCAAUACUUGUAGCAACGCCAUCUGCAUUCUUUGCAGGAUCAAAAACGAGGCACGAAAAAUACGAAUAUCGGAACAUUACAGGUUGUGAAUGUUCAAUGAAUUCAGAGAAAACUUUUAACAAUGUGUUCAAAAGAAUAUACUAUUAUGGUUUAACAGCAAUAUUUUUCGGAUGCUUUGUCGUGUUUAUAGUUAUCUAUACAAUCAUCGGACGUCUUCUUUGGAAAUUUCAAACUGGAAAAUUGGUUCCUGACAUGGGUAAGCUCUCUGCCAGAUUGUCUUCACCGCCAUCAACUUUAAUGAACAAGAAAUUGUCGGCCGAUCACUCAAGUGGACAAAGUAAUGCUUCUAACACUUCUGAAAAAGAAAGAAAUCGACCAAACAUUCAUGGAAGACGCUGUAUCAAAUCAGCAGGGUCUAUUAUUGUUUUCUUCUCGGUCACUGUUGUGUUUGUGUUAAGUUUCCUACCUCAUAUUAUAAUAAGACUUCUACUCUUCUUCAACAUGAAAUUAGAAGAGGAAUUCGACAAGGAAACAAGUGAACUUUUGUACAAUUUUGUUGUUAGGUCAUAUUUGAUUAGCAAUGUUACCAAUCCUUUUAUUUAUAGUAUAUUCAAUAAGUCGUUUAGGAAAGAAGUCAAACGAACAUUUAGUUACCUAAAAAUAUGCCGACCGAAAAGACAGAAUAAUUUGCUACCAACAAAUUCGACAAAUGUAAGAAAGCGAUAUAUACUUUAGACUUUUUAAAAAUAAAUGUUUAACUAUAAGUAUGACAUAGAAUCUAUCUUUAUUUAAAGUGUUUUAAUUUUUAUAUUCAUUUUGAAAUAUUUGUUAUUUUUAAGAGAGAGUGUUAUUUAUAUUUGUUUUACAUAGAUCUAUACAAAUAAUUAAUAAAAGUGGUUUAUUUCAACAAUUUUUUAUA